AUAAGAUUUGAACAGGAAUGGAACCAAUAGAGAAUACGAUUAAGACUAAAUCAUGGCAUCCAAAAAGAAUCUGGAAGGAAAAGUCCUCAGAUUCUGGAUCCUUCACUAUUAGAAAGAAGAGAAGCAUUGCCACUAAGCUGGUACUUUCUAAGGAUGUAUUGCUUAAAUCUAUAAGAGGAACAGAUGGAAUCAGCAAGCAUUCGUUCCUGAACAGUCCUAAAUAAGAACAUAAUUCCUCCAGUCAAGUUUGAUAAACAACUUGGGGAUUCCCAAGGGUUCAUGAAUCUUAGGAAAAGAUCACAAUAUGAUUUUAAUACAGUAACAUGUGAGGCAGAAAAUUCACUAAGUUCAGGCCGAAAUUGUUCAGAAGUUUCCAAAAGAAUGCCAAAAUUGGCCUGUCCGGGAAAAUUGAAAUAAAAUUAAGGUGCUCAAAAAUACCAAGUUUAACCCACGAUAUUACUGUGAAAAAGGAGGCUUGACAAGUGAUAAGAAAGUCACCAUCCGGCUCAGUAAGAAACUUAAGAAGUGAAAAAUUAAUAGAGAGAAAUAAACGUAAUAGUAUGGAAUUUGACUCGUCUUCAACUGAGUCACGAAGUACUAAGAACGAGUUAUCACAAGAAGAAAGAAAAGGGUCUCUAAAGUUGAUCAGGCCUGUCAAAUCGAUCGAUUUGACAUCCAGGAAAUCUUCUCAAUCCCAAAAUUUAAAGGCUAAGAUUGAAAUAUCAUCUGCGAAUUCAUUUACUUCCAUUCCUAAUCCCUUGGGGACGCCUUUGAAAACAAACACACAGAAGCCUCCAUUACCUAAGAAGCAGAUAAAGAGGUCUCGGAUUUCCGAAUUUUCUUUUUCGAAGUCUCACUCCUUCAACAGCAGCACAAGCAAAGGAAGGUCUAAAAUUAGCAUAAACACCCUAUGAUUGACUCCUAAGACUAAGCAUAAGUUAUCUCUGUCUCCUCAUAGGAAGAUACUCAAGCGGAGGUCCACUUGUACCAAAAAGUUAUUACAAAGUUUGUAA